AAAAUCAGGGCGGGGGGAAAAAAGCUGAGAGGCCAAAGGGAGAGCGACAGAGAUCAGGACACAUGAACUCAGCAGCAGCAACAGCCGGCUAAGGAGAAUAUACACAUCGUUUGCUUCCCUACUCUACUGGACUGAGAGAAUGCCCCGGUCAUUUUUGGUAAAAAGUAAAAAAACACACACAUACCACCAGCAUCGCUAUGUUGAAGAGCAACCAGUUGUUGGACUUGACCUACUGGCAACAUCCUACUAUGCUCAUUGUGCUGAAUUCCCAGUGGAACCCCCAGCUUUCAGCACUGACCGUAACGAUAAAGUACAUACGCCGGAAAAUACCACAACAGAAGAGACGGACAUCGAUCCAGGCGAUUCAAGAGAGAAGAUCCCAUUCAUAAGUAGAAGCAUCUCCCCAAAUGCAUUCCAAGGAAUAGCACUGUCUUCAAUGAGACCUUCAAAACCCUAUGACCCCAGCCCCCUGUCUGCCUUCUACGCACAGAACUUCUCUUGGGAAACGCUGCACUCCACUUAUGGCUUCAAGCAGAUACCAUCCCAAAUACAUCCUUCCAUGCUCCAGAACUCCAUCAACCUGUAUAGUUGUCCCCCAACGCUGGACUCGGACUCUGACCACCCCAUCAAUUAUAGCAUGAGCUACUCUCCAAAAAUGGAUAGCUACCACUGUGUGAAGUGUAGCAAAGUCUUCUCCACAUCUCAUGGCUUGGAGGUCCAUGUCCGAAGAUCACACAGCGGAACGCGACCAUUUGUGUGUAACAUCUGUGGAAAAUCCUUUGGGCACGCCGUCAGCUUGGAACAGCAUCUCAAUGUCCACUCACAGGAGAGAAGUUUUGAGUGCAAGAUGUGCGGAAAGACUUUCAAACGCUCCUCAACGUUGUCUACCCACCUCCUCAUCCACUCAGACACCCGGCCGUACCCCUGCCAGUUCUGUGGGAAGAGAUUCCACCAGAAGUCUGACAUGAAGAAGCAUACUUAUAUUCAUACAGGUGAGAAACCACACAAAUGCCAAGUGUGCGGAAAGGCUUUCAGUCAGAGCUCCAACCUUAUCACCCACAGCCGGAAGCACACCGGCUUCAAGCCUUUCAGCUGUGACCUCUGCGGUAAAGGGUUCCAACGCAAAGUGGAUCUCCGACGGCAUCGGGAGAACCAACAUGGAUUGAAAUGAUGAUACAAACUGCCUUUCAUACAUACAUCUCUGAUUAUACUCAAGUAGAAUGGAGAACUUUUAAUUAACUGCCCAGCAAUCAUUGUGAUCAAGAAUACAUCACAAUAUGAUACUUUGAGAAAAGCCUGUGACUGCAAGGUUCUGUUGCUUGUUGUGCAUGUCAAAGGUUCUGCAGCUGAACUGGGGGACAGAAAAAAAGUUAUCUGGAUCUCCAUGCCACAGACAAAGGCCACCACACUUUUCAGCAGAACAAAAUAAUGAAUAUGACACCCUGACUGGAUACACCCAAUAAGCCACGGUGUGCCUUAAAAAUAGCUUUUGUAUAUAUGAUAAUAUAACUGAUUUGUAUAUAUUGAUUAGUGUUCUCUGUGUUAAAAGAUAAAAAAAUCAAUAUUUUGCCCAUUGUGCAAAUCCUGUUUAGUUCUUAUACAGAAAAAUAAAUUGUUGCUCAUA